AUGUCCUUUGGAUAUGGGGUCGCUAUCUGCAUGCAGCCACGCCAUCUAUCCGCAGCCUUGAAGGUGACUAUGGUGGACAUGGACGUCGCAGGAUCGUUGCGGCAGAACAACCUUCACCUGUCAGCAACCGUGGGAAAUCCCAGGCCAGCUCCGCCGUGUGCCGGUAUGGCAAACAUGGGUGAGCUGGAGAAGAUUGAACCCGCUCCUUCUGAUGGGGUCAACCCGGCCGAGCAAGAUUGUCUGGGAGGGCCUGAAAGGAGAGGCGACAGUAGCAUUCACUGUUAUCGUUGUUGGGGGGCGACCAUGAUGGCCAACGUCCAGCCCAUUGCGCUAAUGAAGUAUUGGCGAUUGAAUGUGAAGAGCGAGAUCGAGGGCUCGAAAAUCAAGGACUAUAAAGAUCUUGGCGACUUGGACGCUGUGGCCAAGAUCAAGGAGUUGGAGCGUACGACCGGGAGAUGGAUCGCCGAGCAGCAGAAUAUCUUUAAUGCCUGUAGUGAGGCUCUUGCAGCAACCCUAAGGGAAAAAGCGCCUAAUGUUACUGCUGGUUACUACUACUGA